GGCGGCGGCCGUGGCGGAUUUCCAGCUACUGCUGAGCCCAGCGCUCCCCCGGCUGCGGAGACGAGCAUGAAUAUUGAUGGGCCCGUCGGUGGCAGGAGGAGUGGGGCGGACGCGGACGCUGCUGCAAUGCCGGGAACUGAGAGAGCUCCUACCCCGCCGCUCCGUGUGCCUUGCGCCAAGGACCCCAAAAUGGUCCAUCAGCGGUUCCUCCGGAGGAGCGUGGUGGACUCGGACCAGGAGGAACCUGCUUUCGACCUUCCUGAGUCAGAGCAUCAGAGGAAAAUUAUUCUGCUCUCUAAAACCAGGAGGAUAAUUGCGGAGAGGGCCAAGGUAGGGCGUGGGGCAGCAGAGAAGGCAUGCUCGGAUGCUGAGCCUGCUGGGGAGCUGAAGACUGGGCCAGCCCCUGGCGGCACAGCAGGGGCUGAAGAGCAGAAGGAAACUGGCAGAGAUGUGGAGAGGAAAGAGAUGACAGAUGCUUCCAAAGAUCAGGGCAAGUCCAAGAAAGAGGAGCCCGAGGAGGAGGCGGAUAUGAAAGCAGUUGCCACCUCUCUGGACGGCAGGUUCCUAAAGUUUGAUAUCGAACUGGGGAGGGGAUCCUUCAAAACGGUCUAUAAGGGUCUGGACACAGAGACGUGGGUGGAAGUUGCUUGGUGUGAACUUCAGGACAGAAAAUUAACAAAAGUAGAGAGACAGAGAUUUAAAGAGGAAGCAGAAAUGUUGAAAGGUCUACAGCAUCCAAAUAUUGUAAGAUUUUAUGACUUCUGGGAAUCCUGUGUAAAAGGAAAAAGAUGUAUCGUGCUGGUUACUGAAUUGAUGACCUCUGGAACACUAAAGACGUAUCUGAAGAGAUUUAAAGUGAUGAAACCAAAAGUCUUGCGUAGUUGGUGCCGGCAGAUCCUGAAGGGUCUUCUUUUCCUGCACACGAGAACUCCACCAAUAAUUCACAGAGACUUAAAAUGUGACAAUAUUUUUAUUACUGGACCAACUGGAUCUGUGAAAAUAGGAGACUUGGGUCUGGCAACCCUCAAGAGAGCUUCAUUUGCCAAAAGUGUAAUAGGUACUCCAGAGUUUAUGGCCCCAGAAAUGUAUGAGGAACACUAUGAUGAAUCCGUGGAUGUGUAUGCUUUUGGGAUGUGCAUGUUGGAAAUGGCUACCUCAGAAUACCCUUAUUCAGAAUGCCAGAAUGCUGCUCAAAUUUACCGGAAAGUAACCUGUGGUAUAAAGCCAGCAAGCUUUGAGAAAGUUACUGAUCCUGAAAUUAAGGAGAUAAUUGGGGAGUGCAUUUGCAAAAAUAAAGAAGAAAGAUAUGAAAUAAAAGAUUUAUUAAGCCAUGCCUUUUUUGCUGAAGAUACUGGGGUAAGAGUGGAACUUGCAGAAGAAGACCAUGGUAGGAAAUCCUCUAUUGCCUUAAGACUCUGGGUAGAAGAUCCUAAGAAACUGAAAGGAAAACCCAAAGAUAAUGGAGCCAUUGAGUUUACUUUUGAUCUGGAGAAGGAAACUCCUGAUGAUGUUGCACAAGAAAUGAUUGACUCUGGAUUUUUUCAUGAAAAUGAUCUCAAGAUAGUUGCAAAGUCAAUACGUGACAGAGUAGCGUUAAUACUAUGGAGAAGAGAGAGAAUUUGGCCUAGGAUGCAGUCAGAGGAACGUCGAGAUUCUGAAUGUUUGGAGAAACUGAAGGCACCACAGGCACAACAGGUUCAAGUCGCCUACCUUUCUCACACCGGUCACCAAAUCCUGUCGGAAUCAGAGGAGCCCGAAGCGGACCAGCACCCUUUUCAGCAAAACCUGCCCACCAGCGUCACAUCUGUUGCAUCUGACAGCACAUUUGACAGUGGUCAGGGGUCCACUGUUUAUUCAGACUCCCAAAGCAGCCAGCAAAGUGUCAUCUACUCCUCUCUGCCUGAUUCAAUACCUCCUGCUAUUCAACGGGUUUAUAGUCCACCUUUAAGUGAGAGCCAGGCCUUGCCCCAUAGCCUUCAGCAGCUGGGGCACUACCAGCAGCCCUCAGGACCUGGCCUGCCGGUGGUCCAGGCUCCACCUGCUGCCGUGUCCCUGCCCCCCCGUGUCCCCCCCAGCCAGCAGCAGCAACCCAUAUCACAGCAAGCCUCUCUGCAGCAGGUGCUUGCCAGCCAGCCCGUUUGCCCAGUCCCGCCUGCAACCCACCUCUUGCCCCAGUAUCAGCCCCAAACUUCUCAGGUGGCAGCUAGCAGUACGCCAUUAAAACCGCUUCAGAUCUCAACUGUACCACAGCUUCCACCAGUUGCCCCCUCCCAGAUUCCUCAGUUUCCUGUCAUUCCUGCAAUUACUCCUCUGGCAGGACUUGACAACCUUCCUCCAAACCUCUCUGAUAUACCUGCUGCAAAUGUGCCCCCUAUACCUGCUCCUUCUCCAUAUUUUACUCCAGCUGUGAUUUUACCAAGCCUCCCCAUGAACCCCGCUCUGCCUCUGGCACCAAAUUCCCCUGCCCUCCCCAUGCAGGCAGUGAAUCUUCCUCAUACAACUGUGGCUUCUUUGGUCUUGCCCUGCCAAACAAUAGUGCCAAAUAUGUCGGCUGCUACAAUACCGUUACUUGCUGUGGCUCCGCCGGGAGUGUCGGCUUUGCCAGCACACCACGCAGUGUCCCAGCUCUCUCAGCAGCAGAUGUACCCAGCCACCUUCCAGCAGAUCGUGCAGAGCGAAGCUCCCUCUCCCCACCACACGCAGAGCACGCAAGCAGUUUCCCAGCAGCAGCAGCCUCCACCUCCUCAGUCACUCCAGCCGAGCCUAAUUCAUCCUUCUGAACAGGCCUUGUCUGCGCCUGGGGCUGGUAACCAGCAGAUUACUGGACACACUCAGUAUGCUUUGGAAACUGGAGCCCAGGUGCCUGUACUGCCUGUGCAGCCUUCGAUAGUAAUGUCACCACCUUUGCAGUUGCAGCCUGAGCUACUGCCUCCCUGCGUCGCACCAGAAAGUAUUUCACAGGUUCAUGGCAGCCUUGCUACAGCUAGUCCACCCGUGCCCAUAGAUCACUGUCUGCCUCCUCAGCCUUCUGGUCUUCUGCAGCUUCAGUCAGACCUGUCCCAGCCUCUGGGUCAGCAGCUCCCAGUGCCCUGCUCAGCAGCCCAGGCAAUUACAGAGUCAUCUCAAGAGGAGCAGGCAAUACAGGACAAACUUCAGACGCUGUCACAGAGCUGUGAAAGCUACAUGAGUCCAGAUGUUGCUUCAGGUAAAGAGAUGAGUGACAGCUUUGAAGGAGUGAUAGGAAGUGGAAAACAAGAAGGAAAGCCUUCAAAGAAACAUAAGAAAUCUACACGUGCUCGUUCACGCCAGGAAAAGUCCAGCAGACCAAAACUGACCAUAUUAAAUGUCUGUAACACAGGGGAUAAGAUGGUGGAGUGUCAGCUUGAAACACAUAAUCACAAAAUGGUUACUUUUAAGUUUGAUUUGGAUGGUGAUGCACCAGAGGAAAUUGCUACUUACAUGGUAGAGAAUGAAUUCAUAUUGCAGAGUGAAAAAGAGACAUUUAUUGAACAAAUGAAAGAUAUUAUUGAUAAAGCAGAAGAUAUGCUCAGCGAAGAUACAGAAGGAGAACGAAGUUCAGAUCAGGGGAUAAGUCCCCAACAAGAUACCGAUAGACUGGAAAUGAAUGAGGAGAAGCGGCAGUCUCAAGUGAAGACGCCUGUGUAUCAACAAAAUGUUUUGCAUACUGGAAAAAGGUGGUUUAUUAUAUGUCCUGUUGUGGAAAAUCCUACUACUGAUGCACCAGAAUUUUCUCCACCAGUUCCUCAGAGUACACAGCACUCUGAAGGCCCAGACCUGGAGCAGUCAGAAGAUCAACCAGUGAAGCCUGCGAUGACAGAUACGCCUGGUGUCUUACCUUGUCAGCAGCUUCCUCUCCAAGCGAGUGUAUGUGACAGCCCUGUUGGAGCUGCUCCGUCCCUGGCGCAGGUUCCUGCUGCAGCAUCCUCAGCCGCCUUACAGAGCCAGGCAGAUUUUCCUGCUCUGGCACUACCAGCACCUGCUCCCAAUAUCCUAGAGCAGGUGGCUGCUACCGGAGGUCAGCUGGAGUAUUCCCCGCUCAAAGCAGCAGUGCCUGCUCAGCCCGGUGCUUCGGUCCUCCGCGUAGCUCUGCUGGAGGAGCCUCCCGAUGCCCCGCUCCCCGCUCAGCCCCCACAGCACGCGCAGCCCCAGGAGGACGAGGGCCUGUGCGUGCCCGAUGUGGAGAUAGCAUGCUGCAGUGUCGGGCCACCCAAACCGGCCCCCCCGGUUCCUGCGAAGGCAGCAGAGCUCUGCCCACUCCCCGCACUCCCGGACAAUGUCGUUCUGGAGCGGCAACCUGCGGCGCAAGUCCCCCACUUGCCGGAGGCCGGCCAGCCUGGGGCAGUGCAGCCCUCCUUCAUGAACCAUGUGUUCCCCACAGCUCUUGCAGCUGACUCCUUCAACCUGGCAGGGUCUCAGCUGCAAAGUCCCACUCAGGCGUCCGUGGUGGCAUCUCAGCAGCACGUGCUGCUGUCUCAGAGCCAACCAGUCACCAGCGCUAGCGUGGGCAUCGGCCUGCUGCCGCAGCAGCUGCCCUGCACCGUGGAGUCGGAUGGAGAAGGACCGCCCAGGGUGGACUUUGUUGACAACACGAUAAAAAGCCUCGAUGAGAAAUUACGCAAUUUACUUUACCAGGAAUAUGUUCCAACUUCUUCUGCAUCAGCAGGGACUCCAGACAGUUUUGUCCCAUUAGAACAGGGGGACAAUGAAUUUAACUUGCCACCUCUUACUGAAGAUCAAAUUCCUGCGCUGGUGUUGGGUUUAAGAGAGCAAGCCCAUAAAGAUGCAGAUACCUGCCAGGAAGCAAAAGCCACUGAGAGCCAAUUUGUGUCACUUAUGCCAUCAGAGAUCUCACCUUGUCCUAUUCUGUUCGAAAAAUCUGGGGUCGCUGGCACCGGUGUUGAUUCCUCAGAAGCAAGAGGUGGGUCAACAAGCAGAAAAGGUUCAGCUGCAAGCAUCACUUCAGCUCCUGCUGCUACAGUGAAAGGUCUCCUUCAGGUUGCACCUACAUCAUCAAGCAUAGCUAAACAGAUGGAAACUUCUAAAAUGAAUGAGAAGGCAAAGACCACAACUUCGUCUGCACACACAGAUAAUUUAAUGCAGAUAUCUACAGCAGAUGGGGUGAUAAAUAACCUUCAAAGGGAUGACUCUCUAGACUCCGGUUCCUAUGGAAAACAGGCUGAAACUCAUGACAGCAGUACACCAGCCAAAACUAUUGGCAGGUUUUCAGUAAUCAGCACACAAGAUGAAUUAACUUUAGCAUCGCCACACUGCUUAAGGUUCUCCGCACCCCCAGACGUCUAUUUGGAUGAGCUACCUUCCAGCCCUGACCUGAAGACAGCUGUCCGACGCGUGCAGACAGCCUCUUCUGUCGAUGUCCUCUGUGACCAGGGUUCAAGUGAUUCUGCUGAUGAGUCUUUCCGCAGGCAGCCUGUUGCUGCUCAGCCAUCCCCACCAAGCAGUAGUGCAGCCACUGACUUAAUUAAAAAAGCAGCUGCUUUUCUGCAGAGAUCUGGAAAACCUAAUUCACAAGGCCUUGAUUCACUUAAUGGUCAGGGAACAAAAAUUCCUACCAUCAACAUAACAUCUUUCCACUCGCAGUCGUCAUACAUGAGCAGUGACAAUGAUUCAGAAUUUGAAGAUGCAGAUAUGAAGAAAGAAUUGCAGAACCUGAGAGAAAAGCAUAUGAAAGAAAUUGCCGAACUUCAGACUCAGCAGAAGAAUGAGAUAGAGGCGCUGUACCUUCGGUUAGGGAAACCCCUUCCUCCCAACAUGGGCUUUCUGCACUCCGCCCCACCAAGUGGCCGUCGCCGAAGAACCGCAUUGUUUUUCUUCAAUAGCUUCCUAGUAUUAGCCAUUGCACGCAUGUUUUUUGUUUUUUUUCUUUCAGAUAAUCUGUCAGACUCUAAAGACUCUCCUCACAAAGAAGCUACUAAAACUCAGUCUGGAUCUCCUGAAACAACAGCAGUAACUUCUUCUUCAGCCACGUUUGGAAAGUCGGUUCAGACACAGCAGCCGUGCUCUGUCAAAGCCUCUUUGUCUUCUGACAUCUGCUCCGGCGUAGGCCCCGAAGGAGGCGAUGUGAAUACGAGCUCUGCCCAAGGCUGGACGGUUUUCCACCAAACGUCUGAGAGAGUGACCUAUAAAUCUAGUAGCAAACCUCGUACCAGAUUCCUCAGUGGACCUGUGUCUUUGUCCAUCUGGUCCACCUUGAAACGACUAUGUCUAGGCAAAGAUCACAGUAGUAGAUCCUCUACAAACAGUCUUGUGCCGUGCCCGGAGCCCCUCCCGCAAUCCACUCAGCAUGCCCAGGCCAACAACAGUAACAACAAGAAAGGCACCUUCACCGAUGACCUUCACAAGCUGGUUGAUCAGUGGACAAGCAAAACUGUUGGAGCUGCACAGACAAAACCUUCUUUAAACCAACUGAAGCAGAACCAAAAAAGGCAAGACAUGGAGCCAAAGGCUAAUCCCAUGCAAACCCAGAAUGAGACAUGUGGAGUUAAUUCAGUAAGAACAGGAUUGGGGAAUCAGUGCAUUGCUCCAGUGUCUUGUCCUAUGUCCGCUGUGUUAACUGCGGGAGUUUCGCCACCCGUGCCAGUGCCUAUGCCAGGUACUGCUCUUUCUGGCACAGUAACACCUUAUGUGAUGCCUCUCUGUCCGUACGGAGGAGUUUUCCCUGCACCGCUUUACGGCGUGCCGUGGUCGGGCGUGACGGCGCAACCCAGGAUUGUAGGAGGUCAGAGCGUUGCCCCCUUCUCGGCUCUCGGGGAAGGUUGCUCGCAGACGCACCCAGCGCCGCUGCAGCAGCCCGCUGCUGGUCCGCCUGGCCCUAACCUGAGGAUGACGUAGCUCAGUUGCCUUGCGAUAGGAGCAGUGAAGUGCACCUUUACAGAGCGAUCCAAGUAAGCUGCGCAUACGAACAGGUAAUAGCUUUGGGCAGUGCAAUUCAUUCUGUUAUGCAGUCCUUGCUAAAGCUGUUGCAGGUGGCAACUUAUUUCUGUAAGAGGGAGCUAGCUGGUGGGCAAAUACAGUUUUCUUCUAGAUCUGCAGCAAAUUUGAUUACAUUUUCUGUCCUUUACUGGGCUUUUAUAUCUUAGUUAAAUUACAAAUCCAUGCAUGUUUCAUAAGUGAAAAGUCUAACUGAAAUCUUGAUUAUAGGAGAAAGUAUCUCCGGGUUACUGUAAGAACCAUGUAAGUACAGUACUUGCAUGUCUUCUGUCUUCAGCUCAGCAAUCUCAGUUAAGAGUGGUGUUUUGUCACUGAAGUGCUAGCAGUAUUCACACUGAAACGGAAUAAAAAUGUGAAGCUGUUGUUUUACUUUUUCAUAUAUGACCAGUGAAUACUUGCGUUUUGGAGUCUGACCACCUCUUGUUUGAAUUUUUUUUUUUAAUUAAGUUUGCUCUGUAGGUGUCAUGGACUCCUCUCUCCUGUUUGAAAGUUGCUUUUUGCCCAUUUUACUGUGCGUAGAGUCUGCAUCUGCACCUCGCAGUCUAAAGGCACAAGAUAACCACUAAAACUGGUUUGCUGAUGGUAAGUUUCAUUUUCAUAGAAAGCGCUUAGGGAGAUCGUUACAGGCACCGGUGACAAAACACGCAGACAAAUUUGAAGGCACGUUGCUCUGUAUCUCUACUGCAAUGACAUUUGAUACUGUCUGCUGAAGGGCAGAGAUGUCUUGUGCUGCCAAGCUGUGAAUUGUGUAGUUCUAUUGUACUUCGAGCAUCCUCUCUGUCUAAAUUAUUUUGUUUGUAACGUUUGACUAUAUUAUUCCAUCAAUUCAGUUAGAAUUGAAUUUUAUAGACAAUUAUGCAGAGUCUUCUGCCUGGGCAAAAUACUUACUGUAGUAAGAGAUUUCUGUUCUCUGUAACAUGUAUCUUUAAUUUGUUUGGGUUUUUUAGAUUCAUGUCUGUAUGCUUCAUGAGCAACCAUGGAAAAUAUGUUCUCACACCAGUUUUCCUUCAGCUUGCACUGAAUCGUACAGUUUAUGUUGCUAUCGCCUGUUGUAUAGUCCAUCCCUUGUAUACUGACAGAGUCAGUGGCACUAAAAACCCCAAGAAACUGUAUAGAUUGGAAAGAAGAAAAAUAAACAUCUUGUGCUUGAAAACUGUGUGAAAAACCCAGUGUUUUUCUAAAACUUAGAAAUGUGUCAAUUUGUAGCUGUUCGGGUAACUCGUCAUUUGUUUUCCAGACUCUUGGCCCUUGCCUUGUGUUUAAGGAGCGGACGCGAUGCCCUCACUGCUUCCCGGUUUCUGCCUGUAACGCCGCUGUCCCACCUCUUGCAGCUGCAGAACGGUGCUGCGGCGGCCGCGUGCCGCCGGCCUCGCCGGCUGGGCUGCUCGAAGCCUCCGGCCUUCUGCGGGGCGGCUGCUGUUACGCUGCUACGAAGCAGGCCGGGCUGGGACGUUAAAGGGGCUGUUUUACCCAGACCCAGGCGGUGUCCUUAGUACUGCUGCUGGUACGAGCUAGGAUGCUAGAGUUAGGGUGCUAGGUAGGUGGGGAAGGAGGCGCUUGGACGGUGCGUCUCCCGCGCUGGAAGGUACUGUGGAAACCCUUUUAACUUGGUCCUGACAAAAGUUAAACGUGACGAAGGGAAGACAUGAAAAUCAGCCCUGACGUAACCUUGUGCUACCUGCGCACCCUUGGAAGUCUCCUUCAGUUAUGAUAGCUUGCAGCAGAAGUUAAGAAAGGAAAGGGAGUGUGGGAGGAGGUUUGAUGCUUCCCUGUGUCUGUACAUCCCGCCUGUGCGGUGCUGCUGUAUGUGCUGCACGCGUUUUACACUUCAGUAUCUGUGCUGCAGUUCCCUAGAAAUCCUCAGUCUCUUCUUUCCGCUCAAAGGCAGCCUGCUGCAGCGCCCCGGCGCGGUUCGCGGCCGGUACGUGCUGGUGUACGCAGGUGCGCCCGGUGUUCGGGACCAGGGCCCUCCGAAGCCGGUCUUGAUUCUGAGGCACAUACGUACUCAUUUACUCUCCUAAAAGGAAGCUUUCACGUUUCUAGUCUCUAUGUUCCUCACUGUUGUAUCUUUAGCUAGAGUUGGGGCCAAAGAAAGGCUCAGAGGCUGAUGUCUUCAUUGCAGUAUUCAUCAUUUUAAUUCCCUGAUAGCCAUCUUGGCUGCAAGUCUUCCGUCUAUUAACUUUAAGCUGUAUUUUCUUAUCCUUGAUCAUGCUGAAGGCUGCUUUGACUCUUAGCAAUUAAGCCAACGACACGAGAUGAAACAAAUGGGACUUUCUGAGCAGAGUUUGACCAAAGGUGCUGGCCAUAUUGCUCUGCCCACAUCUUUUAACAGUAAAAAAAUCUUGCUCCAAAGUCCUGUUUGUCAUGAACAUCCUCCUCAUGCUUAGAGGCAAUUUUUGUUUCUUAAAAAUCAUUCUGUAUAUCUAUUAAGUCCACUUAAAUAGGACUGGUGAGUGAAACUAAGAUAUUUUAUUUAGCUGCAUGCAUGUGUUUUAUAUAGAGUCUUCAGAGAGAAAAGCAUACGUAUCGCAGGUACCAGUACUUGCUCUAGCAGUGAGAUUGCCUGGCACGUUGCAGUGUGUGACACCGGUUUCCGUGGCCUAUAAAUUUUGCCAGAUUUAAACAACUCAGGCCCAGACCUUUCUACGUAGCUCAGACAAAGGGUGAGAGGCGUAAGCAGGCUCUGUGCUGCAGCACUGCAGGUGGGGCCACAGCCACACGGGUCUGUACACAAGAAACCAUUCCCCUGCAGAUCCCAGAACCGAACUGAUUUUGCUCCUGACUCUGAAUGUUCCUCUGAAGUCUAGCAAGCAGGUAUGAAGCACCCUGGAUAACAUUUCCCCUUUCCUUAACGGCAAGCCUACAGCCACGUCCUUUAGCUUUCUCAUUUUGAUGUUCCCAGAGCAGCUCCAUAAGGACCCGUGUGGAGCCGGGAUGGAUCCUUAUGAUUAAAUUUGAGGUUUCGAUGGGGCUGGAGGGCCGGGGAGUUGGGAGGUCCCCAGUUUUUUAACUUUAAACAUUUAUAGAAAAUUAAAACAAAUAUUGAAAGAAUAUUUUAAGCUGCCAAGUCAUGCAUCCAGUACUUAGGAAAUGCCAAAUUAAGUUUGCCCAUCUGCCCUUAAUUUGGCUUUCCAAUUGCUAUAUAUCAUGACAGAAUAUAUAAACGCAUAAUCCAAUCCCAUUUUUCUGCAGCGUCCCUGGCUUGCUCUGUGGGUGACGGGGCUUGCUCGGCGCGCGAGCCGCUGCCCGGCAGCCUGCUCGUGCGCUGCAGGGCUGGCAAGUGGCAGGGAACGGCGCAGGACAUCGCAGGGGGAUAACUUUAAAUACUUAACGCUCUCCUGCAAAUCUCAAUCCAACCUCCCUUACACCAAGUUCACUUUAAACAAAUGAUGCAAAAACUAUCCCUUGCAGUUUCUUUGUAUAAUUAACUCUGGUCCUCUUCCUAUAACUUUAAAGAGUAGAUACUAUUAUUUAACUGUUACUUUUUAUGUAACUUUAAAGUGCUCCAUUUUCUCCUAUUCCUUCACUGUCUGCUGUGUAGCUUCUUGCAUUUUUUUUCUGUAAUGUUUGAUAUUAGCUGGUAUCAAAGACAAGAUGAGGGAUUAAAUUGGCCACUCAUCUGGCCAAAUAUGGCAGUCUCCUCACUCCUACAAAAAUAUUUGUGUUGGAAAUAUGUCUCUAAUGGUGAAUGCCAGUGUUUCCCAAACGAAGUUCUUAAUCAAAUUUCAGGUUUUGCCAUUUGUUAUUUGUGGAGGGAAAUCACUAAUACAUUUGAGUUAGUCAUUAGUUUAAUUUGGCUUUUUCAAUAGUUGCUCUUUCUCUUAAAGUAGUUUUUGUGGUCCCAGCGCUCUUAUUUUCAAUUCAGAAAACAUUCACAAUUUUUCAGAACGAGCCCUGCGCUUAGAAUUUAGUGUGUUUGUAUCGCUCCGUUAGCGCGCGUGUUCUUAUGGGUAUUGUCUGAGCAGGAAAAACAUUCAACCUUCUGCACUGAUUGGAAGUAGGCUUUGGAGAGUCAUAAUAAGUAGUCUCCUUUUCGAAAUUAUUUGACCUAAGUAUUGCUUUCCCCCCACCUCCACAGUAAACAAAGAUUUCAGGUCAUGUUAAGCAAGACUGAUAUCUCAAAUGUUAACUAAGAUGGCAAAAACCUGCAGUUUUCUGGCUUGCUGCCAACUAGCUACCCCCUCCGGUCAGUUCAGACAGAUCUUGUUGAAGGAGUUGGCUUGGAGGCCGAAGCUGCAAAUGAAAUAGUUCAAGACUACUUCUGAUAAUGACCUAGUAAGGUUUUUUGCAGUGUCCUGGCUCCUCGUCUGCCCUCCUCAGCCCCUGAUUUUUGACAAGGUUUGUGGGAAAGGGUGGUCGUGCUGGAGCGGAGCGUGUUUGCGGCGUAGGGGCGAGAUCCCUGCAGGGUAUGCCAACGGGAGGCUCUGGCACUCUUCGUUAUCGUAGACAGAUGAAUAACUUGCUAUGACAUUACCUUUUUGCUGUUCAAUAAAUUCAAUCACAUGCAUUUUUUGCCAUAGUUACUUAUUAUUUGUUGAAUCUUUGAGUAACGUUUUGUUUUUUGUGGUGUUAGGCUCUAGCUACAAUUACACAGCUAGGCCAGUGCCGAUCUGAGCCUCAGUUGAGUAUUUGUGCAAGGCAUCUGGUGUGCUGAUGCUUGUGUUGUUUCUUGUGAAUGAACAUGGUAAAUACAGUUAUUUCCCCGUCUAUAUUCCCCAAGCUAAUCAGUCAUGGAUUGUGUUGUGACUUCUACGUGUCAGUGACUUUUGAUUGGACUGAUAUUUCUUUUUUCAGGUAAGUCCGCUUCCUGAGCCGUGCCCUUCAGAGGGGGCAGGCAGGCGAGCUUCUGAGCCCUCAUCACGCUCUCUCUGUUGUUCACGCAGAUCAGUUGCAGAAGUGCAACCUAAUGAAAUGGAUUUUUAGGAGCUGUUGGGUUACAAAUUCUGCAUUAUGAAAGAAUCUGUUGCUCAGAGGGAUUUGCAUGGGCUGUGGUGCCGAUUUUAGCUGUGUUAGUAAAUAGAUUGCUUGUAACUGAUUCAUCUGGAAGACAGGCUUAUACAAGCAGACAGUGACUUUUUUUAAUUAUGUGGUCCCCUCUGCAUUUUCUCAAAGUGGUAGCUGAAGUGUACUAUCAAGGUUGCUGCUAGAUACACUUGGAUCUAAAUAUACUUGGAUUAUAAAACUUCUCCCUUGAAAUAACCUCCUCCCAAGAAGUCUAGAGGCUGCAUAAUUUAAGUAUGCACUCUUACAGGCAAAGUCUCAUUAAGUUUUGGGUUUCCCUUGCUAAGUAUGCAAGCACUAUGCAUAGAAUAAGACCUUGUAGAUUGAUUAAAUCUGUUAUAACAGUGAAGUUCCUGUGAGGAGUUUUUUGUUUUUUCAAAGUCUGAUGAGCAGGAGAAACUUGGAUGAAUUUCUUUUAACGUAGUGCCGCUGGAUGGAUUCACAGCAUAUAUUUAGCAUGUUGUUGAAGUCGCACGUUAACAAGUUGUCAUAUAAGGCAGAAGGAAGUUAGGAUUUUUUUUUCCUUUGGAAAAGAGCAGAUCUCCAUACUUUGUCUUCCGUUACCACCGAGUGCGACUAAGGCAGGUUUCGCGCUCCAGGAGCUCUGAGUAACUGGAGGGGAUGUGGCAAGAGCCCCUUGAGCCACUGUGCUGGGGAUUUUUUGGACCUAUCGUAAUUUUUGCUUAGAUAUUCAGGAGCUUUGACAUCUUUCAAAAGCUUAGGAAUUUUAAAAGAAAUAACUGGCUGCCAGUCCUUCUCAAACAGAUGUUCUUUGGGCCUGACAUAAAUACCCCAAAAAGUAUUGACUUGUGGUUUUUGUUUGGAAUUACUCUGAAAAAAAGAUAGAAACUUAUUUUUCAGCAUUCAGGUUUGUUUAUCUAAUCUGAUUAGACAAACUACCUCUGAUACCUCUUCCAGUGUUUAUUUCCUUCUCUAGUCAGCAGCUACAAGAUAUUUUGUGCAAUAACUGCAAUUUUUUCCAUGGUUGUGCUGCCCAACACAGAGGAGACUUUAACAUAGUUGAGUUCAGUGAUCUCUGCAGUGCUGUUGAUGAGGCCCUUCCAGUUUUUGGUCAAAAGUUCAGACUGCAGUCCAAACACGAGGUUGCCCUUGGCAUGUGGGCGAGUACCUGCAAGGGGCCGGCCACCGGAAAAGCGCACUCUGCCUUUGACUUUGUGGCUAAGCUGUUGUGUAACCAGGAGCCAGUCCCAUUGCUCUCUCAAGCUUUUCUCCUGUUACCUGGAGGUCACUAAUUUUGCUUUGUUUUGUUUUCCGGGAUGAGUUUCUGUGCCAAGUGGUGGUAGGUAGUAGUGAGCGGCUGUUGAGAGCUGGGGUGGAUUCAAGUCUUUGCAGAAGUGACAUUGCUCAGAAGCUCAUGGGAGAUAUACAGUGAAAACAUGUUUUGCUUCUGUUGAAAGCACUUAUUCCUACGAACAGACAGAGCAGGAAAGACAGGAGGGAAGAAAUUGGAACUACAUUUAAUAAAAACAAAGCAUAAAACAUGGAAACCCACCAAGAGCUGUAGCAAACAGUGUCCCUUUGCACAACGCGCUUUUUCUGGAUGCCCUUUGUGUCCCCCACUCCCAAGAGCUGACCUUCGAAAGGGUUCGUUGUGUUUUUUCCAAAAAAAUCCAGCAAACUGUCCAUGGUAUAAGCCAUACAUGCUUGCAGACCCAACAGUGAGCAUGCAUGUUGCUGUGAUGGGGCCUAAAGGACUUAAGUGCAUGUCGCUAAGCUGCCGGCACGCCUGACCUGUGGCUCGCGCAGGACACGUGGGCCCACGACAGCCCCGGCGCUGUGGCUGCUUCAGCCUCGUGCUGUGCUCCACGCACUCGCGCUGGGCUUCCUUCUGGCACGGGCAUCUCCCUCGGGAGAAGCGAGGCCAGCUCGGAGAUGGCCACCGGCAUCCGCAGCUGCCUCCAGCAGAGCAGCGCUUCCCCGGGGGCAGCAGGCCCUCGAGAAAGAGCUUGUAAAACGUCAAUGCUGCUAGGUUUUCAGUGUGACACCCCAAUGUUGUUUAUCGAGGAUUCCUGCUUUUGCUUUCAUGAGGUAUCCGAGAUGCCGGCACCAGCCGCUGCCUCCUCGUGGGAGGGUUUUCCGCGCGCGCCGGGUCUGCCAUCUCACGUGGCCGUUUUGUUUUAUAGAUUCUGAAAAAGCG